GAAAGGGGCGUUCCUCUGCUUGCUGUCCGCCAUGCUGCUCAGCCUUCUCCGUCACAGCGGCCGCUGCCUGCUCACUCUCAGCUCGGUCCAGACUCUGAAUAAAAGCUAUUAUUCCUCUCAGAUGGCUAAACGUGUAGCUGUCGUGCUGGCAGGCUGCGGGGUUUAUGAUGGAAGUGAAAUCCAUGAGGCCUCUGCUGUUCUGGUCCAUCUGAGCAGAGGAGGUGCAACUGUGCAGAUGUUUGCUCCCAACGUCGACCAGAUGCACGUGGUGAAUCACCUGAAAGGUGAACCUUCUGGGGAGAAGAGAAACGUUCUGGUGGAGAGCGCACGGCUCGCCCGCGGGAACAUCCAGGACCUGUCCAAGCUCAGCGUCAAAGACCACGAUGCCAUCAUAUUCCCAGGUGGUUUUGGGGCAGCAAAGAACCUGUGUACGUGGGCAGUGCAGGGGAAGGACUGUUCUGUAAACGAGGAAGUGAAGGCGGCUCUGCAGGCUUUCCACGGCGAAGGCAAACCCAUCGGCCUCUGCUGCAUCUCGCCCGUCCUGGCAGCCAAGGUGCUUCCUGGGUGUGAGGUCACCGUCGGCAUCGAGAAGGACGACAAGUACCCGGAUACUGCCGACACGGCUGCAGCCAUCAACCAGCUGGGCUGUAAACAUGUCAGUAAGAGCGUGGGCGAGAGCCACGUGGACGAGAAGAACAAGCUGGUCACCACCUGCGCCUUCAUGUGCAACGCCCCUAUUCACGAAAUCUUUGACGGAAUCGGAUCCAUGGUGCAGGGUGUCCUGAAGCUGGCCUGAUCCCACCCAGAUUGUUGAGGACUAGAAACGAAUGCUGGAGGGUAGAUUUGCAAAGUUCUGUUUGUAGAUGAGCUGAUGCCUUGUAUGUUUGAAACUUAUUAAAAACUCCUGAACCUUUA